AUGAAAGGAUCACUCGUUGAUACGGGCCGCUACAAACUGAGCACCGUUCCCAACGCCUUAUGUGUGGGAAGAAUCAUUGCUACCCCAAUUGCUGGAUAUCUUGUUGUACAACAUGAGUUCCCUAUCGCAUUCGCUCUAUUCGUGGCAGCUGGAAUAACUGAUAUGCUUGACGGUUUCAUUGCGCGGAACGUGCCCGGUCAAAAGUCGCUGCUUGGUUCGGUACUGGAUCCGAUUGCCGAUAAGCUGCUUGUGAGCGUCAUGUUUGUUACAAUGAGCUACGCAGCUCUCAUUCCUUGUACGUUUUUUUUUUUGAAAUCUACUAGAUUAUUGGAUGGAAAGCGGGUUAAAACUUGUGCUCAGGUCUCUUGGCAAGAUGGCGAGAUAUUUGUUUCAGGGCAACUAACUGCUGUAGUUCUGAUUCGUGAUCUAUGUCUCAUAGUGGGUGGCUUUUACAAGAGGUAUCGUUCCAUGGAGCCACCGUAUUCUCUGAAUCGGUUUUUCAACCCAGAGGUCUCUUCCAUGCAAGUUGUUCCAACACUCGUUAGCAAGGUAAAUACCGUUCUGCAACUCAGCGUGAUUGCCACUUGCCUUUCUAUCCCUGUGUUCAGCUUAGGUGAACUUAGCACAUCGCUUUCUAUUGGAUUGUGCUGGGUGACGGCGUUAACUACGGUGUGGUCAGGCUUACAGUAUGCCAGUGGUGGAGCUCUAAAAAAAGUUUGA